CCUGUGCCCGUGCCUGUCCGUGCGGCGGCCCGCGGGCCCCAUUCCGCCGCCGCCGCCAUGGGGAAGUCGUUCGCCAACUUCAUGUGCAAGAAGGAUUUUCACCCCGCCUCCAAGUCCAACAUCAAAAAGGUAUGGAUGGCAGAACAGAAAAUCUCAUAUGAUAAGAAGAAACAAGAAGAAUUAAUGCAACAGUAUCUGAAAGAACAGGAAUCCUAUGAUAAUAGGUUGCUUAUGGGUGAUGAGCGUGUGAAGAAUGGUCUUAAUUUUAUGUAUGAGGCCCCACCUGGAGCAAAGAAAGAGGAAACAAAAGAGCAAGAAGGAGAGACUGAAUACAAAUUUGAAUGGCAAAAAGUUGCUCCUCGAGAAAAAUAUGCUAAGGAUGAUAUGAAUAUCAGAGAUCAGCCAUUUGGUAUCCAGGUGCGGAAUGUGAGAUGUAUUAAAUGCCACAAGUGGGGUCAUAUCAACACUGAUCGAGAAUGUCCCUUGUUUGGCCUUUCCGGAAUCAAUGCAAGUUCAGUCUCCAGUGAUGGUUCAGGGCCAUCAAUGCACCCCUCGGAGCUAAUAGCGGAGAUGAGAAACAGUGGGUUUGCACUGAAACAAAAUGUACUGGGGAGAAACUUGACCGCAAAUGAUCCAUCACAGGAGUUUGUUACAAGUGAAGGAGAUGAUGAUCCAGAAGUUGAAUUUUUAAAAUCACUAUCAACCAAACAAAAACAGAAACUUCUAAGGAAGUUGGAUCGUCUAGAGAAGAAAAAGAAAAAGAAAGAUAGAAAGAAGAAAAAGCAGCAAAAGAAAAAAAGCAAAAGUAAACACAAGAAACAUAAGAUGAGAUCCUCUUCCUCAUCCUCCAGUGAGACUUCAGUAAGCAGCAGUGAUAGCGAGACUGACAGCAGAGAUAAAGCAGCACAAAAGAAGACGGAUUCUAAGAAAAGAAAAAAAGACAGGUUUUCAGAGGCUAGCAGCAGCGAUUCAGAAGGAAAGGCAAAAAUGAGGAAGGAAAAACUUUAUGAAGAUCUCUCCAGUAGUCACGGUAACAAGGACAAAGAUAGGGAGAAGUACAAGCUUUUAAAGCGAGACAGUUCUGCAGAGAACAACAAAUGGAGCUCCUGUGAGGUGGAAAGAAAGUCUACAAGCAGAUACCAUAGCACUGACACGAGAGACACUGAACGAAAGGAGAAGGAUAGUAGAAGCCAAAAUAUGAAUGAAGGGAGCACGCGAAGCCCGUGCUCAAAUCACAGCAGUUCCAGGCAAAGGCACAUAAGAAGAAGUCCAAGUCAAAGCCCUGGUGAAGAGCGGCACAGGAAAAAUGAAACCAGAAGCCCCAGCACAGAUGUACACAGAAAGAAGGAAAAAUGUAGAGAAGGCUAUGGGGACAAGUGCAGUAAAGUGGAACACAGAGAAAGGAGCAAACGCAGUAGAAGCAGAAGCAGAGAGAAGAAAAAAACCAGAUAGUAUAGGGGACAGGUGCAAACACGAAUUUCUCUGGGUUUUGAUGAAUACCUUUUAACAAGGGCUUAUUUGCAUACUGCUGUUCAUUUUCCAACCUCUUUAACUACCAUUUCCUACAUAAAGCCAACAGCAUCAAUUCUAUUGUGUUGGAAUAUUUGUAAAUUAGGUAUAAACGUUAAGGGUUUUUUUACUGUCUAAGUAUGCUUAUUGGCAAAUACCUCUUGUAUACAUGCAGUAAUUCACAGACCUGAUUUUAGGAUUUUAAAAUAUUUAUAAGCAGUAUGUGAUACUCUUGGUUUCAUCCGUGAUUGAUGUUUAGAUGCAACUGCAAGGGGGAGCAGAGAAAGCAUUUGAGAUAGUUCUGGAUAAGAUCACUGUUUAAGAUAUCAAAGCAUUGUUUUGUAGGUUUUGUUUUUUUCAUACUGAAACAUUUUUCCUAAAGUUCCCUGUAAGAGAUCAAUUUCAUGAGUUAAAACAACAGAGAGACAUAGUUCACAUAAGUGUAUAGCCAACAUCUUUUGGCCUCCUGCAGUGUACAGUUUGGUCAGGGCUAUCUAAACAUCUUGAACCCCCGUUGGUAUGUGUCAGUACAAUGUCAAGUUAUUGUUCAAUAAUCUCUCAAGACAUGAAAGGAAUAUUUACUGCCUCAACUGUUUCAGGUAUUUCAUUGUUUGUGGUAGUAAGUUAGUGUAAAUAGUCAUCCUUUUGUUUUCACUGAACCUUUUUGUGUUGUUAGUGAUUGUCAGUCAUUUUCUGCAUAUGUUGUUAUGAAGGCAAACUUCCAUAAUAAAAUACCUUAUUCUUUAAAACCAGUAA